CCUCUUAGCAUGCAACCUAACCUUGGACAUCAAAGACGACCGAUAUUACAAAAACAAAUGUUACAAGAUGCGAAUCUAUCUCAUACAUUCUCAGGUACUUCUUACACCUUAGAAGAGUAUGAGGAGAUUAGAGAAAAAUUAAGUAAACAACUAGGUCCCGAAUAUAUUAGUACAAGACAAGGACCAGCUGGUGAAACUGGAAAAGUCUCGGUUGGUAUAUCAGUGACGUGCAGAGUAACUCUCAAGGACGGUACAUAUCAUGAGGCCAAGAAAGAAGCCAUGACAGAUGCGCUCAAGCGUGCCCUACGAACAUUUGGCAACGCAAUGGGUAAUUGUGUGUACGACAAAAAAUAUGCCUCCGAAAUUGUCAAGAUAAAGGUUUCACCGCCACAAUUUAAUGUGGACAAGCUGCAUCGUCAUCCAGAUUUUAUCCAAAAAAACGCUAAAACUGGAGAUAUAUCUAACAAAAAUGUCAAUAACAACAAAAAUUUACAACCCCAGAAUAGUACUUUAACCAAGCAGAAUAAUACUUUAACGAAUCAAUCUCAAAAUCAAGGAACCACAUCCAUUUCGAUUAAUCAAAGUUCGAAGAGUACAUCAGGAAUCUUAAAUAAUGCAUCUGCUAUCAUGAUAAAGAGAGAGAGUACAUUAAAACCCGUAUCGAAUUUGACACCUCCAAGAGAUGGAUCUGUGGGAAAAGAAAAUUAUCCAAUGAAUAAUCCAAUGAAUAACUCAAUGAAUAUGGCAACGCCUACAUUGAUGUCAAAUGAUGGACAAAAUACUUCCAAACAUGCGCCAUCAUCCAACACAAAACAAGAAACUGAGCAAAAUGAAGACAACUCUAUAACAUCAACGACAACAAUCGGUAGUGGUAUUGAAAUGUCUAAUGAGAACCUCACCACAAGCUUAAAAGAUGUGAAUGAAAAUUCUAACCGGUCACCAGAAAAAAAUAAUUGCAUGGGGGAAAAUUUAAAAAUUUAUCAUCAAAUAAACUCACCGAAAAGGCGGCCAUUGGUUCAAAAUCCAAAUAUUUUUAACUAUGAGCUUUCUCCUAACAAUCGAAACAAUAAUUUUUUAACAGUAAAUAAUAGAACCGAUAGACUUUUAGAACAAAAAGUUGGAAUGAAGCUUAACGAAAUUGUUUAUAACAGACCAUCUAA